AUGGAUCCAGGAGAAUUUGUGUUCAUUCAAGAAAUGGGGACGGGCUCUCACAAGCCAAAGACCAAAUCUCUCAUCAAGAUGCACGUGAUGGACAGGGUUGUGAUGAAGAGGCGAGGUCGAAAAGAAGAACCCAGCCGUGGUCGCGACCUUACCGCUGAAUCUAGCCGAGGAGAUCAGUCUUCAUCCAUAAAUCAGUACGUUGAGCACGAUGAUUUGCGGCCCACGGUUGGAGUAGAUGAUAUGCUUCGACUCUCGGGAUUUUCUCUCCAGUUCCUCUGUGGCGAUGUCGAAGAAGCCAAGGUUCAUUUUCAAGGCCUGAGAGGUAUGAUUAGGAGUCGAAAAGGUGUAUUGAACCUGGGAUUCCAGGGGCUAGCCGCUCGAAUUGACGGACUGCUGCCACGCACAGCAAUCAAAUAUGAUGCUAUCAUUUGA